GCGAAAAAAUGGCCGACAGCGAGAAGGAGGAGGCUCACAAUCUCCAAAUGGAGUUUGAAUGGGUGCUUCAUGAAGAAGUUCAUUCUUCCUUAUCACACCUAAGGAAUAUUUUAAUGGACUGUGCACAAAGAUUUCCAUUAGCUCUGUUUGGUAAUGAACAACAUAAUAAAACAGAUAGAUUUGUAUUUGCUGCUCCUCAUGACCAAGUUAAGUGUGUAGCUGUUUUGACUGGUGAUAGUAUAACAAAUGCGGAAGUUAAUUUUAAAGUUCAACGUCAACAAAAUAUUAAUAUGAGAACAAGCAUACAAAAUGAGCAUCCAUGGAAACUGCAACAAAUACAGGAUGCUGCAAAUCACUUGCAGCAAGCUAUUGCUCACAUAGACAAUGUUGAUCGUCAUUAUCCUUUUAAAACAUCAGAUGAAGUUAUGCACAUAUUAGGAAAUAUACUGGGUUGCCUUCAACGUAGUCGUACAAGCUUAAUUGUUCCUAGGAAGAAAACUAUCGAUGAUCUCAUUAAAAGUCGUAAUAUGAAAUCUUUGAAUCCAAAUCUCCCUGAAAAUUUGGCUAUAAGUUUUUAUAUACAAAGUUACAAGCUAGUUCUGGCAGUGUAUCAGUUAGAGAAUGCACAUGGUAGCGUCAAGUAUGAGACUCAGCAGGCAGAAUGCAGUGUACCUUGGUUAAAUGAUGCUCUGGUAUUGCUCACCAUAGCAUUGCAGCUUUGUCAGCGGUUAAAGGACAAGAUCUGUGUUUUCUCUCAGUAUAAAGAUUUUACAGUGGGUUCUUGCAUUCCCUCUACUACAGGAUGGUAA